UCGAAGACCAUUGUUGCUCGUUCAAGAGUCUAUAAAUAUUGAACUAUUACCAUUUCGUUGUUACCAAGAUAUGAUUAAAGAAAACGCACUUCAAGCAAAGAUUUAAAAUUGGUAUACUGACUGUGAUUCCAUUGACGUGUGUGUGCAUCGAGGCGUAAAAACCUUUUCUCAUUUAAAAUUUAAAAAAGAUGAAAGUCCUGAAGAUAACGCUGUUUGUGCCACUAUCGCUGCGUCGUUUUCUAAACAAAUUAGUGCAACGAAGACUGGUGUUCCUCAUUAUGGUUCUCCUACUUAUCGUAGAACAAAUUCUGUGGAACUUUUCAUCAUCACCCCCUCGUCAGAAGACAAAUAUUACUUUCAUGAACGAAAACCUGUGCAAUUCAUCUGCAACAGAAAAUACCAAUGGCAGAACUGCAGUCAUAGUCGUGCUGUCGGCACGGAAUCAUUUCGACAAUAGAAACUUAAUACGUCAGACAUAUGGUACUGUCCGUAAUGCAAACAAUGUGCAAAUUUUAGGAGUCGUUUUUAUGUUGGGAAAUUUGGACGCACACGGAAGUGAUGUAACUGAUGACAAUAAAUUACAAGAGGAGAGAAAUCGAUUCGGUGACAUUGUUGUGGGUGACUUUGUUGAUUGCUAUAGAAACCUGACACUCAAGACCAUCAUGGCUUACGAGUGGAUAACUUCUCGUUGUAGAGAGGCUCAAAUUGUGGUGAAGACCGACGAUGACGUUUUCGUCAAUAUCUUUGAACUAACAAGGGAAUUGGAUUCAUGGUCACAAGAUCAAGUCGCAUCAUCGAAAAUUUGGUGCAAGGUGGACAAAGAAGAAAAGUCAAUCGAUGAUGUGAAUAGUGUGUACUAUGCCUCACCUCUAGAUUUUCCGAACGGUUUUUUUCCAACUCAUUGUGAGGGAGUCGGCUACGUCACGCCGAUUGGUGUAAUUGAUCGGAUUAUAAACGAAAUCUGGAAAUCAUUUCCGCGAAGGGUUUGUACCCAUGAAGAUGUGUUUAUGACAGGGAUUGUCCCACUGCACAUCAAUUCACAUUCGAAUUACUUCUGGCGAAAAUCUCAACUCAUUGAACACAUCGUUAAAAAUUCGUGGAGAAGCUUAAGUUUGCAGGAUGGCAGAGGCGAUGAGGACUAUUUUCUAAGACAUUUCAUCAAAAACACGUCCAUGGACUUGGAAGUGGAAAAUUUUAUUAAGCUACGAAAACGAUACGACAAAAAAAUGUUCUUUUUGAUUACCCAUUCGGAUCAUUUCAAAAAAGUGUACCUUCGGCUAUGGGAAAUUAUAAGAAAAAUUGAAACUUCACCGGAAUAG